CUCACUGGAGACGGAACUGCUCAGAGUAGCAGGGAAUGGGUUCAGCUCUUUCGGCUCAGCCACUCUGACACAGACAUGCAUUGACAACGUUAGCCGCUGUGUAUUUCUCUUCGUGGACCAGGCAGUGUAGACGUAGUGUUUGUUUGUAACGUCGUAGUAGCUUAAAAAAACAAAACAAAUGGAAGUGUCCCACCUGCGCUACCUUCACCUGGCUUCUGUCAGCAUAUAGCCUGCAAGCUAACAGGCCCUAUAACAGCAUAAGAUGCGUUUCAUGCUGCUUUUCAGCCGGCAGGGGAAGUUGCGUCUGCAGAAGUGGUACACCGCCACAGCGGAGCGCGACAAGAAGAAGAUGGUCAGGGAGCUGAUGCAGAUUGUGCUCGCCCGCAAGCCAAAGAUGUGCAGCUUCCUCGAAUGGAGGGACCUCAAGAUUGUCUACAAAAGGUACGCCAGCCUGUAUUUCUGUUGUGCAAUCGAAGAGCAGGACAAUGAGCUGAUCACACUGGAAGUCAUCCACCGCUUCGUAGAGCUUCUGGAUAAAUACUUUGGCAGUGUAUGUGAGCUGGACAUCAUCUUUAACUUUGAGAAGGCCUACUUCAUCCUCGAUGAGUUCCUGAUGGGAGGAGAGAUCCAGGAUACGUCUAAGAAAAGCGUCCUCAAAGCCAUCGAACAGGCUGACCUACUGCAGGAGGAGGACGAGUCCCCCAGGAGUGUGUUGGAGGAGAUGGGCCUGGCGUAGUACACAGUGGCCGUGUGAGAGACUAUAGAUACUAUAAGGCGGAGGGCUGGUUGAGAGGGUGGUGGGGGGGGGGGAUCGGACACACAAUCUGGGAUUGAACAUGCUUGGACUGACACCGUUGGUUCUGUGUAUCUUUGGCUCUGUCAACUGCUGUACAGUGUUUAACUGGGAAGGAGACUCAGUUAAGAAUGGAACAUCCUUGCGUUGCCUUGCGUGUGUGUGUGUGUGU